AUGACUGGUGCCAUGCCUAUUGAUAUUUCGACUCGGCAGACAACCUCGGUGUCGCCGCCGGGUCAACAGGCAUCUAAUCUGACCUCGGCGCUGCAAAGAGCGGGUAACGGCGAGCGUACAGGCAGCUUUUCACAUCUUCCCGGGGGAGGACUCGGCGUAUUCAAGGCUCCGCCACCUCGUAAGGACUCGUUUGGCACAACCACGGCACAAUGGGGGAACGGGACGAAACCAAUCUCGAUGUCGGGAUCUGCCCGCGACAAAGGUCGCCGCGAGUCGCUCGCUGGAAGCUUGAAGCCGCGGGGGAACCGCCCACCGUGUGUUGCUAUUGUCGCACCGCAUCAAGAGCUGACCAAGGAAAAUUUCCGCAGUAUCAUAAUGACUGGCACGUCACCAUUUACCUUCCAGUCACCAUCUUUCCACUCCUCAUCGUAUCUCCCGAAGCUGGAAGCGAAUUUUAUGCGAGACUUUUCGUGCUGCGGUGUGACGUUACCGACGCUCCAUGACCUUUUACAACACUACGAAGAAGCCCAUGCGACCAAGUCGCCCAAUCAAGGCCACCGACAAAGCCAGGGUGAAAAUCGAGCUGCCUUGGCGGCUGCCGCAAUUGCCCAGCAACAGAACCAACAGCAUGGCGGCCAAGGACGCGGUCUGCAGCCCGACCGGACCCUAGACAUGCAGCGCAAAUUGGGCCAGAAUCCAUCACCAUUGCAGCACGCAGACCUAGACACAAUCGAUGACAUGGAGAUGGACGACGCCUUAGGAGAUGGAGACGGCUCAGCCUCGCAGAUGUUCUCUUCUCAGCUGCAUGAGGGUGGACAGGGCGGAUAUGGUAACUCCAACCAGCAGCAGUUAAAUCUGAGUAUGCUUCCAAAUCACCAAGGAUAUAGCACACCCUCGCAACCUGGUACACCGAUCGGAUCUGGGCGACCGCUUUCAUUGCAAAACAAUCCGACUGUCUCUUCCGUCAACACCCCAACUUUGAUGGCCAACCCGCUCCAAAAUUCGCAGUUCCGAAAUACGCCCGAUUCAUCCGGACCAGGGACCCCGGCCGAAAUUGACGAAAGCAUGAUGGGUGGAUUCGGUGAUCUCAGUAUGCAAAAUAACACCAUGGGCCAAAACCAGAAUCAGUUUGGUCGCUUCAGUGGGAACAAUAAUGACAUGGUCGAUCUUUGCAUCGAUGAACCGGCCAAGCGGCUGUUCAGCCCCAGUGGUGGCAUGGGUUCUCCCAAUGCUCACUUUAAGCUCAGUGGAGCUCAGUAUGGCCCGAAUAGCGAUAUCGCACGACGGAUACGCGAACAACAGCUGCUCGCUGGGGUCCCCGACACCACCGUUAUUCUUCCUAACGAAGAACCCAAGCCGUUCCGAUGCCCCGUUAUCGGCUGCGAGAAGGCAUACAAGAACCAAAACGGGCUUAAAUACCACAAAGCUCAUGGCCAUAAUAACCAGCAACUUCAUGACAACGCCGAUGGCACUUUCUCAAUAGUCAAUCCAGAGACAUCAGCGCCGUACCCUGGCACACUUGGCAUGGAGAAGGAAAAGCCCUACCGCUGCGAGGUAUGCGGCAAGCGCUACAAGAAUCUGAACGGACUUAAGUACCAUAAAUCGCACUCACCACCCUGCAACCCGGAUUUCCAGCUUGGAGGUCGUAACCUCGCCCUUGGCGGUGGAGUCAUGCACGGGCAGAACAUCAACGUUGCUGGAGCUGGCCUCCCCGGAAUUGGCGAAGAAGGCCUUAUGUGA